AUGGCUAGAUCUUUUUGGGGUAAUUAUUCUUUUAUGCAUGCUUUCUCUCCUUCUCGUGCAGCUUCCGGGGGUAUUCUAGCUAUUUGGGAUGUGGAUUUGAUUUCUCAUAAUCAUGUUUCAGUUCAUGAUGGUUUUGUUGUUAUUGAAGCAGUUUGGGUUCGUUCGGGCCUCCAAGUGAACUUUAUUGUUGUUUAUGCUCCUCAAGGGUUAAGUAAAAAAAGACUUCUUUGGAUUGAUAUUUAUAAUUUUAUAUCUAAUUCUUCGGGGGAAUGCAUUAUUAUGGGUGAUUUCAAUGAAGUUAGGGAUGAAUCCGAGAGAAUGGGGUCGAAAUUCUAUAUGUUUUCUGCUAGAGUUUUUAAUGAUUUUAUUAACUCUCUUAACCUGGUGGAUGUUCCUUUGGGUGGUCCUAGAUUUACUUGGAGCGAUAAAUGGGGUUCCAAAUUUAGCAAGCUUGAUAGAUUUUUGGUUACCGAGGGUUUUUUGGAGUUUUUUCCUCACCUUUCAGCUAUGGUCUUGGAUAAGAAUAUUCCAGAUCGUCGCCCUAUUCUUUUAUUGGAGCAUCGGGUGGAUUAUGGUCCGACACCUUUUCGAAUAUUUCAUUCUUGGUUUGAUAUGGAGGGGUUUGAUGAUAUAGUUCGGGAGACUUGGGCUACCUCGGUGGUGGAUUUGGAUUUGACUAACCCUUGGGUUAUUUUUAAGAAAAAACUACAGUUUCUUAAAUCUAAAAUCAGGGAGUGGAACUCUAAACACUGGGACAUGGCGGCUAGUAAAAGGAAGAACUUGCAAGAUUUAGUAGAGCCUAUCGAUGUUAGACUCAUGGAGGAUGAAGGCUCGGCUACAUUGAGAGAGCAAAGAGUUUCUUUAUUAAAGGAGAUUUCGGAUCUUGAUCAUUUAGCUCAAGUUGAUCUUGCUCAAAAAGCUAAAAUUCAGUGGGGGCAUCGAAGGGGAUGA